AUGAUCUCGGCAAAAGGCAAGCGGGAUCAAAGCGUUCAUCGGAAGGAGAUCCUGAGAAGUAAGAUCCGAGAAAUACAACGACUUAGGGAGCUUGAGCGCCAGCACAUGGCAGAAACUGGAUAUAGGAAACGAAUAGGCGAAAGUAGGGAUCUCUACCGUCCCAUGUUGAACGAACUCUACUUGCGUGAUCUCGAUGCCCAGGUCGAAUUGAACAAACGAAUACAGGCUUACAGGGAUCAGAAAGAAGCGAGUCUGGAAAAAUCCGACUCAGGCCUGCCUGGUCUUGGUUGGGAAACAACUAGAGGUAGGUGCAAGCGGGACUUGAAUGAAGAAGUGAAGAGUGCAAUGUGUGCAAGAGAGGCGAGGAUAUUAGCAGUUGCGGAGGAGAAAAUGAAGGAAUCAGAAGACAUGCAACGACUGGAACAGGCUCGACUAGCGGAUGAGCAGAAAGCAGCUGAGGUGGCCCUUUCUAGAAGGAAGAUGCUCCAGUGCUGCUUCGAGCAACAAAUCCAAGAGAAGUGUCGUGCAAUCCAGAAACGCGCAAUGGAGGAGGCCGUUGCUUCUAAAUGGCUGAUUUCCAACGACACACAGCUUGGCUUGCAGAUGGAUGAAGCAUUUCGAAGACACAAGGUUGGCGACGCAUUGCUAGUUUGCUUAACAACACUCAAUUGA